AUGGAUCGCCAUCGGGGCACGGCCGCGGACACGUACAACCCGGACGAGUUCAAGAAGAUGAUGCGGAAGACUAGCAUGGCCGCCAUCUUGAGCAGCUUCACACUAGCCAAGCAACAGUACACGCAGGCACUGCAUCGCAACCUCUGCAUCCGGACGAUGACCGUCCUGGGUCAUCACACACUAGCCCGCGAGUGCACGAUCCGAAACCUCAAGCUUCCAGACAUGACGAUGUGGAAGCUCGGCGCAAAAUCCGAGACGGACCCAGUGCGGAAUGCGUUCGCUUUUGUCUGCGCGUGCAGGACGGGCAAGACAAACAAGGACUUCUCGCUCAACUACAUCUCGGCAGUGAGACACAUAGAUUGGACUCUGUGCGCGGUCGGAGCCACGCUGCUCUGGCUGCACUGGGUGUACGACUUGGUCCCCAUCCUCUACGGGGACAUAGCCCCCCCUCUCGUCUUCACGGAACCCUCGACGUGGUACGACCAGUACCUCUUCUUCCCCCUUCGUGCGGGCACCGAGAGGCAGAUACCGCCCACGACUCAUCACGACUGGGCGGCGAAGAUUCUGGGGGACGCGGGAAUCACAUGCUCGCGUGUGGUUCACGCGACGAGAGCUGGUGGGGCUCAGCACGCGUCCACGGACGGAAUGCCCUCUGAUCAGCUGGCGAGACUGGGGGGUUGGCGCUUCAUCGACGUGAUGACUAAGCACUACCUCACAACUAUUCCGAGGGAGGCUGUGCUCCUGAAGGCUGGCUUCACAGGGGUUGAUGGUGACUACUUCCUGGGUCGCGCAACUGUUCCGGUGAGCGAGAAGCUGGAGAAGCAAUUGAGGAAGCACAUUUUCCCCUGGGCCGCACCGGACAAAGGACAGAAACAGUGCCAUGAUUACAACUGGAAGAUGGUCAGCGAGGACAAGGCGGAGAAGCAGGACACCGCGGGUCUAAACAUACUGAAGGAGCUGGAUGGGGAGGCUAGGAUGGCGGUCGCGCAAGACCUGGCCAUGUAUUACAUCCACCAGCCGCGACACCCGUACGUGGUCAACAACCCGCUCUGCCAGACGGAGGAAUUUGCGCGGUGGGCAGCAGAUGUCUCCUUGGCAAAUCAGCUGGCCAUAGUACAGCGUAACACACCUACACUGACCCAUCCCGCGGUGCGUACUGUAUGGUCGCGUUACUAA